CGUCAUAUUACUAUAUACUUAUUAUCUACAGCGUAUUUCCAGACCACCGUGGAUGGCCGUUGAGCUAGAGAACGGCCGUUCCACCGAAGCUCGGGCCACUCCACCAUUGGGGAACCGUAACUAUAGGUUUUGCCCACUUUCCCACCACCGUCGUACCACCCUUACCAAAAUAGGUGGUGCGCCAGUAAGGUAAGUUCUGCCGAUACGCGAGUAUAAGUUAUAAAAAGAACCAGCAGAGUGUCACGUGUUGGACUGUGAGGCGACCAACGUGACCCAGACCCAGACCCAACCAAUGAUCCUCGGCUUUCUCGUUUUUUUCCCCAGACCCCGCCACAGCCUAUACACAACCAAUCAAAGUCUCAUGAUUAUACAACUUUCCCUCGAAAAUCCAGAUAGUUGCCGAUGUUCGCCCUGGGCAUAUGUUGUCAACUUUGUUUCCUCUCCUCUAAACCAUAGAAUCAAUUCUGGCUGCUCAAUUCCAAACUUGACAAGCUCAAACAAACUCGCAAACCCCCACCUCAACAGCCACCAUGGACACCGUUCUUCGGCAGUCCAAGACCAUGUGUCCCUUCCUGAAGAAGACCUCCCCAGCGACUCUCCGCUCCCUUUCUGCUACCAGCGGCCCAACUCGCAGCUACCAUGCGUCCCCAGGUGGCGGCUCCAUGUCCAACCUGCAGACCAUUGCCCGCCGCUGCCCUGUCAUGGGAUCAGCUAUGGCCGUCCAGAGCGCGAAGACCGGCGGUAAGGUCGCUUUUGGCGCUAUUGCGGCCCUCAAGGGCAUUCGCGGCUUCUCCGGCAAGGCCAGCACUGGUAAGGCCAAGCUUCAUACCAGCAGUGCUCAUGCAGCCAGGCCAAUGGAGGGUAUCCUGAUGGGCGAAAAGCUCCCCCAGAUCCAGCCAGCCAAGCCAGUCAAGGAGGCUGCCACCGUACCAGAGAACCUCGUGAGGAAGGAUGGCAAAUUCGACUACGAUGCCUUCUACACGAACGAACUCGAGAAGAAGCACAAGGACAAAUCUUACCGCCAUUUCAACAACAUCAACCGACUGGCCAAGGAGUUCCCACGUGCGCACACUGCAAACCCAGAGGAGCGCGUCACGGUGUGGUGCUCCAACGAUUACCUAGGCAUGGGCAGAAAUUCGAAGGUGCUUAAGGCAAUGCAUGAGACUCUCGACGUAUACGGUGCCGGUGCGGGCGGAACACGGAAUAUCUCAGGUCACAACCAGCACGCCGUGGCGCUCGAGAAGACGCUGGCGACUUUGCAUGCAAAGGAGGCAGCGCUGGCAUUCACUUCGUGCUAUGUUGCCAACGACGCAACUAUGGCCACCUUGGGCAGUCGCCUGCCAGGCUGUGUCUGGCUCUCCGACAGCUUGAACCACAACUCCAUGAUCGUGGGCAUCCAGCACUCCGGCGCGAAGAAGAUGGUGUUCAAGCACAAUGAUCUCGCCGACCUUGAGGCUAAGCUUACGUCCCUUCCACUCUCCACCCCAAAGAUCAUCGCCUUCGAGUCGGUCUACAGCAUGUGCGGCUCCGUCGCUCCGAUCGCGGAGAUCUGCGACUUAGCCGACAAGUACGGCGCCAUUACCUUCCUCGACGAGGUCCACGCAGUGGGUAUGUACGGACCACACGGUGCUGGCGUGGCAGAGCACCUCGAUUAUGAGGCUCACGUGAACGGUCGCCCCAGCGGCACCAUCAUGGACCGUGUAGACAUCAUCACCGGCACCCUCGGCAAGGCCUACGGCUGUGUAGGUGGUUACAUCGCCGGUUCCGCCUCCAUGGUCGACGCCGUGCGCUCCCUCGCCGCCGGUUUCAUCUUCACCACCACCCUCCCCCCCGCCACGAUGGCAGGCGCACGCGCAGCCAUCGAGUACCAGAUGUCCACCCAAAGCGACCGUCGCCUCCAGCAGCUGCAUACUCGCGCCGUGAAGGACGAGCUCGCAGCUCGCAGCAUCCCCGUCAUGGAUAACCCAUCUCACAUCAUCCCCGUGCUUGUCGGUACCGCCGAGCUAGCGAAGGCCGCAAGCGACUUGUUGCUGGAGAAGCAUGGGAUCUACGUGCAGAGCAUUAACUACCCCACCGUUCCGGUUGGACAGGAGAGACUCCGCAUCACGCCUACCCCAGGUCACACGAAGGAGUACCGCGAGCACCUCGUCGACGCGCUCGAGAGCGUGUGGGCCAAGCUCGGCAUUAAGCGCACCAGUGACUGGGCAGCCGAAGGCGGCUUCCUGGGCGUCGGGGCCGAUGAAGCAACCAUCGAGCCGCUCUGGACCGAUAAGCAGCUAGGAGUUGAGGCUGCCAAGGGGACCAAUGGGAAAGUGGGGGUCAUCCAGGCGCUGCUUGAACGCGAGGAGGCGGCCCAGGCACAGACCGCGUCUGUGUAGCCGUCUAUCGCUAUCUACUCACCGAAGUAGCAGGCAGCGAUACGGCUGCGAGUCUGGGGGCUCAGCGGACCGGAAACCACGACCUUUUUGAGCUGGGUGGGGAGUGGAGACGAGAGCAUAUUGUGAUUAUAUAUGCCCGAGAUUAUUUUGAUUAGUGAUGGGGAUGGUGAGACGGCGGGCGGAUUGAAUGCCAGCUUGCAAUUUCGAUUCUUGCAUAUGCCAUCUAACGCUUUACUGUGACGUAAAUUGUGCUCUUGUUAGUAAUAUUCAGGUGCAUGAAUUAUCGUGAUGUGCGGAGAUCCCCUCCGAACCCCUUUCUAUGGAAGUCCCGGCAAAAAAAACCCGUUCCUAUGAUCUUAGCAUAUCUACCUCCCCUGUUCCCGGAAGUACUCGCAUCCUCACGCAUCUUCAUCCCAUCUCUGCAGCUCUGUCCGGAUCAUGCCGACUCUGCAUCCCGGAUCCCGAGACGCGGAUCCACGCGCCAUCGUCGCAUGGACCAGUACUUUGUGAUUCCAGCAGCCAUGCAUCCCCCAAUUUUGAAACACCGCGCAACCCGGAGUCGUUUGAGGCUGAACGGGGAGGAUGGGAAAGGUCGCCUACUAAAUUUCCGCAUUAUCAUCGUUGGCGAUCCGAGCGUUGUUGGAUCUGAGACUCGAUUGCGCUGUGUUGUCGUCACACCCGUGCUCUGCCAACCGUGACGCGGUCCCGGCGCUGCGAAGGUAUCACUUUCAUGGGAGGCUCAAUAUGGUAAUUUCACAUUUGCGGAUUGACGCAGCGUGCGCGUCGGGUUUGAGCAAAGCUUUACCUUGGGCGAAAUGUAAGGAGGUGGUCACCGGCUCAGUUCCAGGUGUAUAUAGGCUCUCCCUUGCUCGUCUCACAGUGUCAAUUGAAGCCCAUUUCCUCCUCCCCAAAACCAAGUCUUAAAACCCGAAAUCCAUUCACCCACCAAAUGACCAUUCCCAGCCCACUUCAUCAGACAAGAAAGAAAUCAAGUUUUGCGCUUAACUCGAUGCCACCUCCGCCGCCAGUACCCAAGCGCGCCCCUUUCCGGCCUCGCCAAUUCUGCCGAUCGCCAACCCAGCACCUCCGAAAACCAACGUCAACCGAACACCCUC